CUCAGGCUAGAAUCGCGGUAACCCGCUGCAUUGCAUUUUAGUCGCUGUAUUUCGUAUUUUAGUAGCAUUUUGGCCACAAUCCUCUUCAUGUCAUUCGACAUCAUAUCAUCAUGCAUUAGCGCUUUAAAGAGGCCUUAGUCGUCAACCCGUUUCGAUAAAUCUGAGUAUACCUGACAUCCAAUUAUUAUUCGGAUAAAACACACUGCUCAUACAAGUUCAUACAAUUACAUACGCGAAUACAAUUAAUUCUCUAAUUCUUACUUAUCAACCACUAACUGGUAUCAAGUUCGUCGUGUCUUGAAACUAGCUUCAUUAGCGUUGCGCGUCUCACUUACCAAGCUAUCCAUUGAGUGGGCCAAUGGCUUCAAUAAAUGACCUCGCGACAGCCGCGACGAUAGCGUCAUCGGCCGUGGCGUUACAGUCUUCACCUACGCGGGAGGUUACUCAACCUGCAACGCCCCCAGCAGCGCCGCGGUCACCCCCUUCCUCAAGACCUGCAACAGCGGGUGCUCAGACUACUUCGCCCCUGACGGAGAAGUUCAAGCCAGUGAACGCGAAUGAGGACGGGGACUCGAUAACCGUGGCGACAGGCGCUCCGCCCGUGUUAGCGCCGCCUCAAAUAUCUCCUCAGAAUCCUUCGCAAGCACAGAUCCCGGCCCCGGCUCCGUCCGCCGCCGAGGUUGAGCCUGUAGAAGCUGCGGGGGAUGAUAGUAUUGAAGACAAAGAUGCCGUUAAGCAUUCUAUAGGGGACGACAUGGAUGGCAUCGAGAAGGUAGUAGCACCGCCGUCGAAACCAGUGCGCGGCGCUUUCGUUGUGUUCGAGGGAAUGGACCGUGCGGGGAAGACGACGCAGGCAAAAUUACUGCAGCAGAGGUGUAUUGAGAGCGGACGGGAGGUGCGGUUUAUGCGAUUUCCUGAUAGGACAACGCCUAUCGGUAAGAUGAUCGACUCGUAUCUUAAGGGCGAGACGGAGAUUGAAGAUCACGUUAUUCACCUGUUGUUUAGUGCUAAUCGAUGGGAAGCUGUCAAGAAAAUCAAGGCAGAGUUGGAGGCUGGUCAUACUAUAAUCUGCGACCGCUUUUACCAUAGCGGUAUUGUAUACAGCGCUGCUAAAAAUAUCAAGAGCCUAUCACUAUCCUGGGCCAAGGCGCCCGAGGUCGGCUUGCCUAGACCAGACAUGGUCCUUUUCCUAGAUCUGGAGGAAGAAGUCGCGCGCGAACGUGGCGGUUGGGGUGGUGAAGUCUACGAGAAAGGUGAGAUGCAGCGGCGCGUCAGAGAUCUGUUCUGGGGCCUUAGUAUGGGAGAUCUCGGUAGCGCUGUGGGAAACAGCGGAAACAGUAAGGUUCCGAGAAGAGGUGACGCGGAGAGGCUCGGGAAUGGAACAAGUAGAGGUGGAGAUGGUAACGGCGAGGAGGGCGAGUUCAGGCAGGAGGAAGAGGAUAUUCAAAUCGUGGACGCGGAUCUUGAUGUCGAGAGUCUCUCUGAGAGGGUAUGGGAACUCGUACUGCUGAGACUAGAAGCAGUGGAACGAGGCGAGAUUGGAAGAACCGUACGGAUCGUACGGUAAAACUACCUAUAUUCGACGUAUUCGACUGGUGUAGUGACGACAUUACGUAAUACGAUAUAAAUAAAGCCUCUAAACUAAACCGAUUUAUAUUAGCAAUACAGGAAGUCUCCGUCUA